AUGUGUGGUGAUAGCGAGUGCACUCUGCCAAAACUCCUCAAAGCUCUGGGAACCUCCAUAAACCAUGGUGGACAGGCACCUUUUGAUAUUGACUUUGUCCUUGUCGAUGCUUCAAGUAAUACCAAAGCUAUGAAUGCUAAAACUUAUGCCUGCAAUCAACCUCUUCCUCCCCUGGGUCCUAACAAAAAGGAAUCCGCCUGUAGUUGUUCGAAUUGUGCUAGUGCUUGCUCUACACCAGAUUUUCCUCCCUCUGAGAAAGUGAUUCUUCUUUUUGGCAUACCCAUCGUAUAUCUUAUCAUCGGUGGAGUUUUCACAGUCCUUCUUCUAGUGUUUGUGAUAGUCGAGGGUGCCCAAUGUUGUCGUGAGUGUCGUCAGAGUGGGAGGACUGAACGACAUGAGGGUGAAGACACAGAAUUGCUGAUAUCUACACCCAUGCACGAGGAGGAACAACGUGCCUCUUGGCAAGAGAAACUUGGGGCUUCGUUAGAUUCCGGACUCUAUAAGGUCUUCUCCCGUUUGGGAUUACUGAUAGCCAAACAUCCUAUCGCAACACUCCUAUUUUCAGCCAUCCUAGUAGCCAUUCUGUGCGGAGGUUUGACCAUGUUCACGGUGACUACCAACCCGAUAGAUCUUUGGAGUGAUCCAAGUUCUCGAGCAAGGCGCGAGAAGGAUUACUUUGAUUCACACUUUGGGCCCUUUUAUCGUGUUGAACAGCUAAUUCUACGGCCUGUUAACAAUACACCGGUAAAUGGAACUUUUGGAUCGGCUUUUCGAAGGGACUUUCUUGAUUUGGUUCUCGACUUGCAACUCCGAAUAUCGAAUAUCACUGUGUACUCUGAAUUGUUAAAGUCGAACAUUACCCUUGCGGAUAUUUGCUUCAAGCCAAUGGCCCCAAAUAAUACAGAAUGCGCAGUAACCAGUCCAUUGGAAUACUUCCAGCACAAUCAAACUCGUUUCAACACUUCGGACUAUCUCAGCCAUCUCUCGGAAUGUAUCUUCAACACCUUCAAUUCCUCGUGUUUGGGAGCAUCUGGAAUCCCGCAAAUGCCCAAUGUCGUAUUUGGCGGAUUUAAGGGUUAG